GUUAGUUCAGUGCGCCCUUGCCAGUGGUCUGUGUGGUAGUGGUGGUCGUGGUCGCAGUGGUUAAAAAAAAAGUUAAAAAAUGGUGUUUCUUGGACGUUACAUCUCGUCUCUACUCCUCCUGUUUUUCUGCUUCGGUUUUAUGGAGGCAGCAUCACGUGGGGGCCGCAGACGUGACACCCUCAACGGCCUCCAGGGACAGCUGAGGGCGCUGGAGGAGGCCCAGGAGGAGGCGCGCGGGGAGCUGGCAACACUGCAGAGGGGCGUGGCUGACCUGACCAAGCUAGUGACCGCCAGCCUGCCCGAGGACUGCUGGGCGGCGCGGGCACGAGGGUCAAGACGAAGGGUGGUCACGGCCAAGCCGCCGGGACAGCCAGUCAAGGAGGUGGCGUGUGAUCAGGAGCAGGAAGGCGGUGGCUGGACCCUAGUGCUGCAUCGGUUCCCCGCCUCUGCCAACCACUCUCAGAGGCUUGAUUUCAACAGGACAUGGCAGGAGUACAGAGAGGGAUUUGGCGACCUGCAAGGAGAGUUUUGGUUGGGUAACGAAGCCCUCCAUGCCCUCACCAGCCAGGCACCUCAGCAACUGUACGUCACGCUAACCGACUGGACCGGAAAGAGUGCCACUGGAAUUUGGAACCAUUUCAAAGUGGCCAAUGAGGCGGCCUCGUACCAGCUCAGUGUGGGCGAGUACCAAACCUCACGCAGCACCGUCGGGGACUCCUUCGCCCGCCACCACCAGCACGCCUUCAGCACCUUCGACCACGACAACGAUAUCGACGCUGAUGACCACUGUGCUCGGCGUCACGGGGGUGGGUGGUGGUACUUCAGGUGCUACAUGUCCCACCUGACGGGCGCCGCGGUCAAACCAGGCGACGGUGGGCACAACGCCAUCAUUUGGAGGGGCUGGGCACAGAACACCGGCCUCAGGAGUGCCACCAUGAUGAUCAGACCACGCCCGGCACCUCCGCUCCUCCUAGACACUGCCUCCGUCUGCUCAACCAGGCCCUAGUGGUGGUGGUUGGGAUAUUGUGGUAGAAGUGGUGAUUGUGGUGUUAUUAUUAUUACUAUUAUUACUAUCCCGUGAGACAGUCUUCCUUCGUCUGUAUUUCCUCCUGCCUAUGUGUGACUUGACCUCUUUCAAGACGAGUGUAUCGAGACGUACACCUCGAUCUCCAUCCGAAAUUGACCUUUCUUUUGGCCACUAAACUUAUCACUAUAUGAAAGCAACAGUUAGCGGGCUUUUUUUUUUUUUACAUCAUCUUUUUGUUGCCUUUGAGUUGCUCUCUGUGCUGUAAAAAAAAAAUAAAAAAAAAUAAAAAUAAAAGGCUUGGGAUUUAAGGGUGAGGUUUACUGCAAACUGGAUAUAUAGCGACGGUUCAGGUUCCUCGUCACUUGAAUUAAAGGUUUCUUGGCUUGAAUGAAGGUUUUCCUGCACGUGUUGCUUGAGUACAGACAAAAUGAUAGGUCGAUACUCUCAGAUGCUUCACCCUAUAUAUCUCUUGAGUACAGACAAAAUGAUAGGUCGAUACUCUCAGAUGCUUCACCCUAUAUAUCUCUUGAGUACAGACAAAAUGAUAGGUCGAUACUCUCAGAUGCUUCACCCUAUAUAUCUCUUGAGUACAGACAAAAUGAUAGGUCGAUACUCUCAGAUGCUUCACCCUAUAUACCUCUUGAGUACAGACAAAAUGAUAGGUCGAUACUCUCAGAUGCUUCACCCUAUAUAUAUCUUGAGUACAGACAAAAUGAUAGGUCGAUACUCUCAGAUGCUUCACCCUAUAUAGCUCACCAAAAAGGCAUGGUCGUACUUAGAGCUGUAAAAGUGUUCGUGGGGUAUUUUUUCAGUGAGUGUGGACCUUUGGAGAUACUUGAAGAAGGCAGAGUGGCGGGCGAAGCGAGACAAAUCAGCUAAGGGUUCGGGGUUUUGAAAAAUUGACAUUUCCGGGUGCAUUUUCCUGAUGUCUAAACGAAAAAUUGGGUACGGCCUUGGUUGGGUUCACGAUUUUUUUUUUUUUUUUUUUUUAGGUUCACGGUACAAAAGGGUCAAACUACCACCGGGGUCAUUAAACUACCCCUGGAAAUGCGCACAACUCCCACGAAAGCCUUGUCAAAUGUGUGUUUUCUUAGGUUCACGGUACAGAAGAAGGGUCAAACUACCACCAGGGUCAUUAAACUACCCCUGGAAAUGCGCACAACCCCCACGAAAGCCAUAUCAAAUGUGUGUUUUCUUAGGUUCACGGUACAGAAGAAGGGUCACACUACCACCGGGGUCAUUAAACUACCCCUGGAAAUGCGCACAACCCCCACGAAAGCCUUGUCAAAUGUGUGUUUUCUUAGGUUCACGGUACAGAAGAAGGGUCAAACUACCACCAGGGUCAUAAAACUACCCCUGGAAAUGCGCACAAUUCCCACGAAAGCCUUGUGAAAUGUGUGUUCCUUAGGUUCACGGUACAGAGGAAGGGUCAAACUACCACCGAGGUCAUAAAACUACCCCUGGAAAUGCGCACAACUCCUAGGAAAGCCUUGUCAAAUAUGUAUGCUGGGCCGCCAAAAAAAAAAAAUAAAUAAAUAAAUAAAU